CUCAAUUGACCCUCUAAUUGACUAUCUCAUCAUGGCCAACCGCCCUGAACAACUUGAUGCUUCGAUCCUCACUAUUUCCGACUUGGCCAAAGCAGGCGAGAAACGACUGCCGGUGAUUGUUCGAGACUAUUUCAACCAAGGAGCCGGUGAUCUCGUAACAUUAAAAGACAACGAAGCCGCCUUCACCCGCUACAAACUGCGCCCCCUCGUCCUCAAAGACGUCGACUCCCUCGACAUCUCCACGACCCUCUUCGGCCAGAAAAUCCCCUUCCCACUCGGCUUCGCCCCCUCUGCCGCACACCGUCUCGCACACCCAGACGGCGAGCUCGCGACGUCCAGAGCGGCGGCGAAAAAUGGGAUCCCGAUGGCGCUGUCUUCGUGGUCGACGACGAGUGUCGAGGAUGUGAGGGCGCAGGGUGCGGGUGCGGGGAAUCCGUAUGCGAUGCAGAUUUCGUUUUUUAGGGAUGUCAACAUUACCAAGUCUAUUAUUGAGAGGGCGGAGAAGGCCGGCUACAAAGCCCUCUUCGUCAGCGUCGACCUCCCCGUCCUGGGCGCCCGCCACAACGAAUCCCGCAAUAACUUCUCCUUCCCUUCAUAUCUCGAAUUCCCGAAUCUCUUUAGUAAUGGAGAAAAGGGGCUGAAGCAGACAUACGAAAAUGGGUACGAUCCGUCGAUUACCUGGGAUAAGACGAUUCCGUGGUUGCGAGCGAAUACUAAGAUGGAGAUUUGGUUGAAGGGGGUGUAUACACCCCACGACGUCCAAAAAGCAAUCGACUACAAAGUCGACGGCGUCAUCAUCUCCAACCACGGCGGAAGACAACUAGACGGCGUCCCCGCGACCCUGGAUGCCCUGCGUGAAUGCGCACCCGUCGCGAAAGGCAAGAUCCCCCUCGCCAUCGAUGGCGGGAUUCGGUCGGGGGCGGACCUCUUCAAGGCGCUGGCGUUGGGCGCGAGUGUGUGUUUUGUCGGGAGGAUUCCGAUUUGGGGGCUUGCUUAUAACGGUGAGGAUGGGGUGGAUUUGGCAGUGAAGAUUCUUUUGGAUGAAUUCCGUCGGACGAUGAUGUUUAUGGGAUGUCGUACGAUUGAGGAUAUUCAAAAGACGCAUCUUUCGGUUCUGAGGAGCGAUGGGCUACUUUGCAAGCUGUGAUAGAUGGAUAGUUGAAUACUUAACGAUUUAUGUUCAUAUUCAUAAAUUGCUAAAGAAUACACACAAUUGAUAAUAAAAAGAUGAAUGGAAAAAGGAAAUAAAGAAGAUACAGAGAAAUGUCCAAUACAAGAUCACUCACUCCC